AUGGAGCCGUGGCGGCAGUGCGGCCGCUGGCUCAUCGACUGCAAGGUGCUGCCGCCCGACCACCGCGUGGUGUGGCCGGCCGCCGUGGCCUUCGACCUGGCGCAGGCGCUGCGGGACGGCGUGCUGCUGUGCCAGCUGCUGCACAACCUGGCGCCCGGCUCCAUCGACCUCAAGGACGUCAACUUCCGCCCGCAGAUGUCCCAGUUCCUGUGCCUGAAGAACAUCCGCACCUUCCUCAAGGUCUGCCACGACAAGUUCGGGCUGAGGAACAGCGAGCUGUUCGACCCCUUUGACCUCUUCGAUGUCCGAGACUUCGGGAAGGUCAUCUCCGCCGUGUCCAGACUGUCCCUGCACAAUGUGGCCCAGAACAAAGGGAUCAGGCCCUUCCCCUCGGAGGAGACCGCGGAGAACGAUGAUGACGUGUACCGCAGCCUGGAGGAGCUGGCCGACGAGCACGACGUGGGGGAGGACAUCUACGACUGCGUCCCCUGCGAGGACGAGGGCGACGACAUCUACGAGGACAUCAUCAAGGUGGAGGUGCAGCAGCCCAUGAAAAUGGGCAUGACGGAGGAUGACAAGCGGACGUGCUGCCUGAUGGAGAUCCAGGAGACCGAGGCCAAGUACUACCGCACGCUGGAGGACAUCGAGAAGAACUACAUGGGCCCCCUGAGGCUGGUGCUGAGCCCCACGGACAUGGCAGCCGUCUUCAUCAACCUGGAGGACCUGAUCAGAGUGCACCACAGCUUCCUGAGGGCCAUCGACGUAGCCAUGAUGGCGGGCGGCGGCACGCUGGCCAAGGUCUUCCUGGAGUUCAAGGAGAGGCUCCUGAUCUACGGGGAGUACUGCAGCCGCAUGGAGCACGCUCAGAACACGCUGAACCAGCUCCUCGCCAGCCGGGAGGAAUUCAGGCUGAAAGUGGAGGAAUGCACGCUGAAGGUCCAGGACGGGAAGUUCAAGCUGCAGGACCUGCUGGUGGUGCCCAUGCAGCGGGUGCUCAAGUACCACCUCCUCCUGAAGGAACUUCUGAGCCAUUCCACCGACCGGCCCGAGAGGCAGCAGCUGAAAGAAGCACUGGAAGCCAUGCAGGACUUGGCCAUGUACAUAAAUGAAGUGAAACGGGACAAAGAGACCCUGAAGAAAAUCAGCGAGUUUCAGAGUUCCAUAGAAAACUUGCAAGUCAAACUGGAGGAGUUUGGGCGACCCAAGAUCGACGGGGAGCUGAAGGUGCGGUCCAUCGUCAACCACACCAAGCAGGACAGGUACCUGUUCCUGUUCGACAAGGUGGUCAUUGUGUGCAAGCGGCGGGGCUACAGCUACGAGCUGAAGGAGAUCAUCGAGCUGCUCUUCCACAAGAUGACCGACGACCCCAUGAACAACCGGGACCUCAAGAAGUGGUCCUAUGGCUUCUACCUGAUCCACCUGCAAGGCAAGCAGGGCUUCCAGUUUUUCUGCAAGACGGAGGACACGAAGCGGAAAUGGAUGGAGCAGUUUGAGAUGGCCAUGUCCAACAUCAAGCCGGACAAAGCCAACGCCAACCAUCACAGCUUCCAGAUGUACACCUUCGACAAGACCACCAGCUGCAAGGCCUGCCGGAUGUUCCUCCGGGGCACCUUCUACCAGGGCUACCUGUGCACCAAGUGCGGGGUCGGGGCCCACAAGGAGUGCCUGGAGGUGACGCCGCCCUGCAAGAUCAGUUCGCCGGCUGACCUGGACGCCUCUGGAGCGGGACCAGGUCCCAAGAUGGUGGCCGUGCAGAAUUACCACGGCAACCCCGCCCCCCCCGGAAAGCCGGUGCUGACCUUCCAGACGGGCGACGUGAUUGAGCUGCUCAGAGGGGACCCCGAGUCUCCGUGGUGGGAGGGGCGGCUGGUGCAGACCAGGAAGUCCGGCUGCUUCCCCAGCGCGUCCGUGAAGCCCUGCCCCGUGGACGGACGGCCCCCCAUCGGCCGGCUGCCGUCCCGGGAGAUCGACUACAGUGCUUACCCCUGGUUCGCGGGCAACAUGGAGCGGCAGCAGACAGACAACCUGCUCAAGCCCCACGCCAGCGGCACCUACCUGGUCCGGGAGCGGCCGGCCGAGGCCGAGCGCUUUGCCAUCAGCAUCAAGUUCAACGACGAGGUGAAGCACAUCAAGGUGGUGGAGAAGGACAGCUGGAUCCACAUCACGGAAGCCAAGAAGUUCGAAAGCCUCCUGGAGCUGGUGGAGUACUACCAGAGCCACUCUCUCAAGGAGAGCUUCAAGCAGCUGGACACCACGCUCAAGUACCCCUACAAGUCCCGGGAGCGGGCCGCCUCCAGGCCCUCCAGCCGGUCCCCAGCUUCCUGCGCCUCCUACAGCUUCUCUUUCCUCAGUCCCCAGGGCCUCAGCCUGGCUUCUCAGGGCUCCUCCGCUCCCUUCUGGUCAGUGUUCACGCCCCGCGUCAUCGGCACGGCCGUGGCCCGGUACAACUUCGCAGCCCGGGACAUGCGGGAGCUCUCGCUGCGGGAGGGCGACGUGGUGAAGAUCUACAGUCGCAUCGGCGGCGACCAGGGCUGGUGGCGGGGCGAGACCAACGGCCGGGUCGGCUGGUUUCCUUCGACCUACGUGGAAGAGGAGGGUGUCCAGUGA